UUCUCUUUUUCAUUACCUUACUCCUUAAACAUGUUGAUGAAAAGUGUAUCAUUACUCUUGUUAGCAGCCUCUACUGUGUUUGCUUGUGAAAUGGAUUGUCGUAGAGGUGUAUCUAAAGGCUUUGCUGGUUUUUACGAACCAGUCAUCAAGGACUCUGUUACAAACCUUCACUCUGAGCUUUCAAAAGCUAUUGAAAAAAUCACUGUUCCUACUGUUAUUACACAAAAGGUUGAAAGAUCUGAAGUCUUGAGUGACCUUGAAGACUCCAUUGAAAACAGCUUGACUGAUUUCACCGCUAUGGCUACUGCUCAAUCUAGACUUGCUGAAGGCUUUUAUCAAGUUAUUUUUAAUGAAGAACUUCCUUAUAAGGGUGACUGUAAUAACCCUAAGCGUUUAGACAGAAAAAUGCCUCCUCCCGGUGAAAGCUGGACUAUGGAAGAAUGUCGCAAGAUGAAUUACCGUUGUGGUAACCCUCCUUCUAUCUGUUAUUUCUUGGAAGAUGUCAAGCAACGUUGUAUUGGUCGUAUGCGUCGUCAACUUACUGAAUAUGCUUCUUUCGAUAAUGGCUACCUUGUCAGAAGCUUGGUUAGAGGUGCACGCAAAUCUGUCUAUGGUUCUCUUAGCAACAAUGGUGCUGGAAAAUUGAGUGAAGAUGCUCAAGUUGAAUCUUACAUUGCCAAGCUUGUCAGUGCGACUAUUCGUACUUUGGAUAUUUGGGUUACUGAAGAUGUUAGACAAUUAUGUGAUAAGCCUUCUCAAAAGGAACUCUGUAACAGUUGGGAUGAGGAAAUCAAGAGAGAAAUCCUCAAAUGGCCUUAAACUUUUAGACGAUCAAUAUUCUCUACAAUGUAUAUAGCCUAAUAAACACUUGUUUUUUUUAUUUCAUAGUAAAAAUAGUCAAAUGAAGAU